CUGCACUAGGUCCCGUCUCCGGAAGGGGUUGCACAGCAGUGGCGGCGAUUCUGUGUUGGGCAUUGGUGUUUCCGCGCCCUGCCGGUGGGUGAGAUACACGGCGGCGAAAUGGUCGAGGAGGUACAGAAGCAUUCUGUGCACACACUUGUGUUCAGGUCAUUGAAGAGGACCCAUGACAUGUUUGUAGCUGAUAAUGGAAAACCUGUGCCUUUGGAUGAAGAGAGUCACAAACGAAAAAUGGCAAUCAAGCUUCGUAAUGAGUAUGGUCCUGUACUGCAUAUGCCUACUUCAAAAGAAAAUCUUAAAGAGAAGGGCCCUCAGAAUGCAGCAGAUUCAUACGGUCAUAAACAAUAUCCUGCCAACCAAGGACAAGAUGUUGAAUAUUUGGUGACAGGUACACAUCCGUAUCCACCAGGACCUGGGGUUGCUUUGACUGCCGAUACCAAGAUCCAGAGAAUGCCCAGUGAAUCCGCUGCACAGUCCUUAGCAGUGGCUUUACCUUCCCAGGCCAGAGUGGAUGCAAAUCGUACUGCACCAGCUGGAAGUGAGUACCGACUUCCUGGGGCUUCUGACCGCCCCCAGCCUCAAGCAGUGAAUUCUAUGAUUAUGGAGACUGGCAAUACCAAGAACUCUGCACUGAUGGCUAAAAAAGCGCCUACGAUGCCCAAACCCCAGUGGCACCCACCAUGGAAGCUCUACAGGGUUAUCAGUGGCCAUCUUGGCUGGGUUCGAUGUAUUGCAGUGGAACCUGGCAAUCAGUGGUUUGUUACUGGAUCUGCUGAUAGGACUAUAAAGAUCUGGGACUUGGCCAGUGGCAAAUUAAAGCUGUCCUUGACUGGCCACAUCAGCACAGUGCGGGGAGUGAUUGUGAGCACCAGGAGUCCUUACUUGUUCUCUUGUGGAGAAGACAAACAAGUGAAAUGCUGGGACCUUGAGUAUAAUAAGGUUAUACGGCACUAUCAUGGCCACCUAAGUGCAGUGUAUGGUUUGGAUUUGCACCCAACAAUCGACGUCCUAGUAACAUGUAGUCGAGAUUCAACUGCACGGAUUUGGGACGUGAGGACUAAAGCCAGUGUGCACACAUUGUCUGGACAUACAAAUGCAGUUGCUACAGUGAGAUGUCAAGCUGCAGAGCCACAGAUUAUCACUGGAAGCCAUGAUACCACAAUCCGAUUAUGGGAUCUGGUGGCCGGCAAGACAAGAGUGACACUAACCAACCAUAAGAAGUCAGUCAGGGCUGUGGUUUUACAUCCACGACAUUACACAUUUGCAUCUGGUUCUCCAGAUAACAUAAAGCAGUGGAAGUUCCCUGAUGGAAGUUUCAUUCAAAAUCUUUCUGGUCAUAAUGCUAUUAUCAACACAUUGACAGUUAAUUCUGAUGGAGUCCUUGUAUCUGGAGCUGACAAUGGCACUAUGCACCUUUGGGACUGGAGAACUGGCUAUAAUUUUCAGAGAGUUCAUGCAGCUGUGCAACCUGGGUCCUUGGACAGUGAAUCAGGAAUAUUUGCUUGUGCUUUUGAUCAGUCAGAAAGCCGGUUACUGACGGCUGAAGCUGAUAAAACCAUUAAAGUCUACAGAGAGGACGAGACGGCGACAGAAGAAACUCAUCCUGUCAGCUGGAAACCAGAAAUUAUCAAGAGAAAGAGAUUUUAACGUGGUAUCUUUGUGGAGGUUGCUUUUUUAUUGCUUGGCAUUGAUGAGGAUAUCCAGUGGUUUGUGCUCUGACUGGGAAAUAGAGUGGAAACACGCUUGCUGGAAUCCCUGCUGCUUCUACUGUACAAUAAAUUCUCUCCUAUAUCCCC